GCGCGUCUGUGCACAACCUAGACUAGGCUAUCAAUAAUAACAAAGAGAAAACACGUUAAUGGUGGGUCGCUGACUGUAAUUUUAAUUAAAGAUCGCCACGCAGAUGUAAAUCCAAUGGAUUCACUAAGCAGCUUAUGUUCCGUGUUAAUCCCAAAGAGAACAACUAGUGUAGUGUGCUCAGUGUGUGGGAGGUUACUGGCCACUUGUCAGUGUCUCAACAAGCGUGACCAAGGACUGGGUUGGGAAGAUCAGAGUUUGAGCUACAGAUAUCUAGACUUUUGCUUUGAUGGUGAACCUUUACAUGAGAUUGAAGCCGAGCCUGAAGAUGAUUUGAAUCCCUACUGUGAAAAAAGACACCAACACAGCGAGUUUAUCCCAGUCAAUGAGUUUUCCCUGGACCAUCUCCCAGCAGAUCUGAGAGACCCCAGGGUUUAUGUGUGGCUGAGAAACUGCGCCCCCCUUGUGGUGAGGCUGAUCAAGUCUGGCAUCAAAGCCACAGGCCGGGCUUGCGUGAUGCCAUCAGAGAUAAAAAAAACCAUGCCCUGUGAUGACAUACACUGUCCAUACAGACCUCUUUAUGGUAAUGUCCAUAACACGUACGGUGGUAUUGGAAUUAUAACAAACAAACAUGUUAUAAGAGAUAACAGUGACUCUGCCAGAACAAGAGUUGAUUUUUGUUACAAUGAAGAGAAUGAUGCUUUACUCUGGAGUGAGUUAGGAUAUGUUGUCCAUGUUACGAACAAAAAAAUGGAUUACAGUGUGUUCAGCUGCUAUGUACAUUCUCAAGAUGUAAUCUCAUUUGUUUACACGUUGGAUAGUUUUAGAAAUUACAAGUGGCAGCAAAUUCCAGAAAAAAUUAGAAUGGCCUCCAAACAGUACGCCAUAAUCAUCUCUCACCCUCACGGUGCCCCCAAAAAAAUCAGCAUCGGGAAAGUUGUUGAGAGUGAAAUCAAAGACAAAGGCAGCAGAGAGUCGCAGAAUGUGGCAUUUUUAAAUGAAAUCUUCAACAUUCUGGAGAAGCAGGGCAACACAGGGCUGCAGAGGUUCCAGGCCUACCUGAACACACCGCUGUGCCAAGACAUCCCCAUCUCCUACAAAAUUACCUGGUACACAACAGCCACGUGCAUGGGCAGCUCUGGCGCUCCUGUAUACAUGGGCAACACCGUCACGGAACACGGGCUAGAGAUUAACCAGGCUCACACACACAGAGGGAGGGACCGAUCUAAAAAUUUGAAUAUUUGCUUCACGUAGCAGCUGGGGAUGGGUGACUGGACCACAUUGUGUACACUCUCAGCUCAAAUAAUUGUUGAUGUAACUUUAAAACUAAAAUUGUGUUCACACUAUAUUUUAACUUUGUAUACAAAGACUUUGAUGAUAAGCUGUGAUAGAACAUCUCCACCAGAUUUUAAUAUAUUUCUUUUAUUUUCAUAUGAUUUGUUCCAUAAACCAGAAUACACUAACGCAUAACAACAAAGCAUUCAAUAAUUCUACAUCAUGUUAAAGGGUACUGAUCUAGAGAUUAUUAUUCUGCCUUGUUAUUCAUAAAGACCUUCUGACAGCUAAUUUAAUGUAUUUUUACAAUAGUUUUCAUGUAAUGUGUACUUUAUUCAGUAGCCUUGAUUGCUUGUAUGGCUAUGUGUUGCCUAAAGAGUUUGAAAUAACCAUGUGUGUCUAAUAUUGUUGGGGAUUUCACAAAUAUAAAACAAAAGGAGGUUAGAGGUAGUUAGUCAUUUUGUUAUAAAUCAGGUGGAGUAGUGAUAUAAAGCAAUGUUAUAUAACACUCUCUUUCAAAUUCAUUACUCUGAUUUGUGUAUAAUUGUUUACAUUUUGAAUACUUGGAUAAAUAGUAACUGAUAUAAAACGAAUUAAAGCAGAUGAUAUAAUAAGUAAUUUAUUUAUAUAGAAGAGUCAUUGAUAGAGCUGUAGGCACGACCUGGUAUAAAUAGUUUAAAGAAUAAGUUGAAUGACAUAACCCUAUUAAUGUUUCAAUAGUGUGUUCAUAUAAAGUUGCAGUGUUUUUGUUUUCAAUUAACUUAAUAUUAAUGUCUGGUUAAUGUCAAAUUCAGAAACCUGAUUUGAAAUUAAAACAAGUUUCUGCAAAACUAUAAAAAAAA